AUGGGCUGUAUAUUCUCGUCAGAGGAAUAUUCGACGCAAUUAGUGAAAAACGAAGCAAAAUCUAUCCCGACCUGCAAAUUCAAUGAAACGCCCCUACUUCAUAAAGAAAGCGUGGUACUCGGCAAGAACAUAACGAAUGCCCAUUUGGCGGUGGCUAUGCUCCAGGCAAAUAAGGCUGCGGCAUUCAUUUCGUUGGGCAGCCCAUUCAACGACCAAUUAGAAUACGAUAUGGCGCAAAAAAUCAUCCGAAAAGCAAAGAACGAAGGCUGUACCGUCUCCAUAGUCAACUCAUGUUUAUACAUCGACUACAAAUUUGUAGGCGCACUACCACCGGGAAUGUUU